AAAAAUAUAAUAAAAUAAAAAAAUAAAAAAAUAAAAUGGGUUCAUAUCUAGGAAUUUUUGCAAUUUUGUUCGUUCUACUGGGCGUAUCAGCCAAUGCCGAGGUCUUCCCUGUUGGUGGUUCCCCAGGCUCAGAUAUUACUCAGGCACUUCUGAAAGCAUUCACAUCAGCAUGCCAAGCUCCGACAGCUAGCAAGGUGGUGAUCCCAAAAGGUGAGUUCAAGCUCGGUGAGAUCGAGAUGGCAGGCCCAUGCAAAGCUCCAAUCGAAAUCAAUCUGCAAGGCACUGUUAAAGCUGAUGGAACAGCUAUCCACGGAAAGGAAAGAUGGGUCGUCUUCACAAAAAUUGUCGGGUUUAAGUUGAACGGAGGUGGAACCUUCGACGGUGAAGGUAACGCAGCUUGGAGAGUCAAUAACUGUCACCAGACUGAAGCCUGCAAGAAACUUCCCAUUAGUAUAAGGUUUGACUUCGUGGAGAAAGCUGAGAUAAGAGACAUAUCCACCAUAGAUGCCAAGAACUUCCACAUAAACGUGAUCGGCGCCAAGGAAAUGGUCUUUGAUAACGUCAAGGUCAUCGCUCCUGCAGAGAGCCCCAACACUGACGGGAUCCAUUUGGGAAGAAGUGACGGAGUCAAGAUCCUCAACUCCAAGAUCGCCACCGGAGAUGACUGCAUCUCCGUCGGGGACGGGAUGAAGAACCUCCACGUCGAGAAGGUCGUUUGCGGUCCAGGACACGGAAUCAGUGUCGGAAGCCUUGGAAGGUACGGACACGAGCAAGACGUCGCCGGCAUUACCGUAAAGAACUGCACCCUCAUCGGUACUGACAAUGGGCUUCGUAUCAAGACAUGGCCGUCUGCCGCUUGCUCCACCACCGCCUCCGGUAUUCAUUUUGAGGAUAUCAUCCUUAACAACGUUAGCAACCCUAUCCUCAUCGACCAGGAGUACUGCCCUUGGAACCACUGCAACAAGCAAAAACCAUCGACGAUUAAGCUGGUGGACAUAAGCUUCAAGAACAUCAGAGGAACAUCAGGGAACAAGGAUGCAGUGAAGCUAUUGUGCAGCAAGGCACAUCCAUGUGUGAACGUUGAGAUUGGAAACAUUAACCUUGAGUACAAAGGAGCCGAUGGUCCACCGACUUUCACGUGCUCAAACGUUACGCCUAAGCUUGUGGGAACUCAGAACCCCAAGGCUUGUAGCGCUGGACCCGCGCCAAAGCCAACUACUAAGGGAGGAGACUUGUAGGAACUUCAAUUUCCUGAAAGUCACCACAUAAGGGGGACACUUUGAAAAUCUGUAAAAAAAAUUAUUGUUUCCUUUCUUUUUUUGAAUUUUUGAUUGAUGCCAACACAUAUGUAUAGAUAUGUGUGUGUGCAUAAUAUAACGUAAUAAAACUAUAAAA